GUCAGUCACCGGAUUCUUUCCUACUACUAGCUAGUUGACUUGCCGAACGGGUUGUUCGCGUUAGCCGUACUGUUCUGCUGAAACAGAGAUGGAGGGUUGACGCUUGCUGCGUUUAAAACCAAAUCAAGUCAUUUCAUAUAGGAAGACACGCGUUAAUAUUUGCGUCGAGAACCCGAUAAAAUGAUGCGUUUCAUGCUGCUGUUCAGUCGGCAGGGGAAGCUGCGUCUCCAGAAGUGGUACACUGCCACGGCUGAGAGGGACAAGAAGAAGAUGGUCAGGGAACUGAUGCAGGUGGUCCUGGCCCGCAAACCCAAAAUGAGCAGCUUCCUGGAGUGGAGGGACCUCAAGAUCGUCUACAAGAGGUAUGCCAGUCUGUAUUUCUGCUGUGCGGUGGAAGAGCAGGACAACGAGCUCAUUACUCUGGAGGUCAUCCACCGCUUCGUAGAGCUGCUGGAUAAGUACUUCGGCAGUGUUUGUGAGCUGGACAUCAUCUUUAACUUUGAGAAGGCCUACUUUAUACUGGAUGAGUUUCUGAUCGGGGGAGAGAUCCAGGACACGUCCAAGAAGAGUGUACUUAAGGCCAUCGAACAGGCCGACCUAUUGCAGGAGGAGGAUGAAUCACCCAGGAGUGUUCUAGAGGAGAUGGGUCUGGCAUAGUGACAGCAGGGUACUCUGCUCACAACACUUUAUCAGGCUACAGACAAAGACUCUUUGGGUUCCAGGUGCAGGGGGAGGAAAGGGGGUUUGUGAUGUGGAUGUGU